AUGUCAUCAACAAGCCUUCAUGGGUCUUCCGGUCCUGGCAAGGACAGUCCUGGAAAAAGAAAAAUCGGCUUUAUCUUUCUGAUCGUUGUGGCGGUCCUUUUGGUCGUCGGCCUGGGAUGGGCGAUGCUGAGAUCCCACUAUAUGAAACGGAGACCGCAAGACAACACACGGUUGCACAUAGCAUCACGUCGACCUCUCAAUAAGAAGGGCAUUCCAGCUUCAUUGCUAGACAGCUUUCGACUGGUCGUACAUGGCGACAAGAUGGAGCACCUAGACGCGGACGUAGAGAGCUGCACGGGGGAUACAAAGGGGUUCGAACUUGGUGUCAAGUGCUCAAUGGUGGAAGUACCUGAGGCGGUGCAUCUCCGUGAGGGCGCCGUCGGCACAAGAGACAAGAAGGACAACGAAAGAAGCACGCAGCCACGGUUUGUGCUGGAGAACAAUCAGGCUGAAUGCCCGGUAUGCAUGCAGGACUUUGUUGAGAAAGACAAUGUCCGCGUGCUUCCCUGCGAGCACCGCUUCCAUCAGACAUGCGUUGAUCGAUGGCUGUUGGAUGUCAGUGGAACGUGCCCUGUGUGCCGGAUCGACUUCAAGACAUUUACUGUCCCGCCAGCAAGUGCAGGCAACCGCGACAGAGAUGACGAGAGAGUGAAGCAAUAG